AUGAUUCAUAUAAACAAAAUUCUCGCACUGUCAUUUUUAAUUAUACUUUACUGUCAAUCGAUUUUUGCAUACAGGACUAUCUCUCAGGAAGGCCUCAAAAUAUUAACCAACGUUACGAAGUCGGAAAGCUUGAAGGUGAUUAUCGAUGAAUACCUAAAACCGAUAUUGAUUCCUCGAGUUUCAGAUACCGACGGAAAUAAGAAGGUGCAAGAGUUCAUUAAAACCAAGUUUAAAACACUCGGUUGGACUAUUGAAGAGGAUACGUUUAAGGAUAAUACGCCAUAUGGGGAAAAAACUUUUAAUAACAUAAUUGUAACAAAAAAUGUAAACGUGACGGGACGUUUUGUCCUAGCUGCACACUUUGACUCCAAAUAUUUCGACCCACCAAAUAACUUCGUCGGUGCAACCGAUUCUGCUGUACCAUGCGCAAUGUUGAUAGAUUUGGCGUAUCGAUUAGAUCCCUAUUUUG